UAUGUAAUUAUUUAAUUAACUAAGAAUUUCUUAUUUGUAUGUUAUGCGGUUAGGCUUUUAAGUUCUACUCUGUUCCGUUACAGUCAAAAAUAUGUGAUUUUUUAUUGUUUUUAAUCUUGACCAGAAACAAAAUACUAGCGAUACAACUUUUAUUUCCACUACACAUGUUUGGGGCCCCGAAAGAUUAUGGUUGAAAAGAAAAAUGAAUAGGAUACUUCGGGUCGAAGAGUCGAACGACAAGUGCGUGCCCCGUCACCUGGAGCUGCUCGUCGAAAGGAUGGGAAAGGACAGGCUCUUCCACGACGUCAAGCCGGGCGACGAGGGUUUCCUCCCGGUCGAAUGCGAGCUCAUCUUCGCCCUGGGGGUCGUCAUCGCCCUCGAAGAGGGUUUCAGGAUGGACGAGGCCUGGAACACGAUCGGCUACGACCGACGUGUCUUCGACUCCCUCUUGAAAAUGUCAAACUUUCGAACGAAAACUGGGACACUUUCCGUCGAACUACUUCUGCCAUUGAGUCAUGGAUUCAGGUUCCACCUCUCAACGGCCAUAAUACUCAACAACUGCACCUUGGUAACUGUCAUUUCUGAAGACAACAAAGGAAAAUGCUUCUCUUCCUCCGCUGCCAUCGAAAACGACAAGUAUUUGAAGACGUCGGAAAAGGGGGCGGCGAUAUUCGAAAAGAUCUCCGAACUCUGCGCCAUCGUGAAAAAGCCGAUUUACCUAGCGAAGCUGAACGCAUGGAGGAGCCUCAAUCAGGUAUUUCCGGACAUUUUCUGCCUUCCAGAGGACGUCAAAAGGUUCCUGUUCAAAAAGCUGAGAGCUCCGGAUUUUGUAAAACUCUGUUCCAGCUCGUCAAAAAUAUCCCCGUAUUUGAACGAAGAUGACAUCUGGAGGCAUUUUCUGAAGAGGGAUUUCAAAUGCGAUCCGGCCAUGAACAAAACGGCAAAAGCGACCUACCAAUCCAAAAUGAUGAACCGUCCUAUGAUAAGGUUAAACACUACCUCAAGUGCAGCACCCGUUUUCGCCAGGAUUGAUGAGCAGUACAGGAACUCGUCUGAAUACUCUUUCGACCUACCGCCCUACCCGGAGCAAUUCAGUUAAUCAAUCGUCUGUUCUUCAAUUAAAAUUGAGCGUUUUUCCUAAAA